AUGAAGCUCAACGUGAUCCUCUUCGCCUUGGUCUGUCUGGGCCUGCUUGCCCUCGCUCUUGCCCACGAUGGGCAAGACCUGGGCGGCAAGAGGGCCGAUGACAAGCAGAAGGACUGGGACUGGAACGACUGGAAGGGCGACGACAAGGAUGAUCACGACUGCAACGAUGACGGCGAUGAGAAGGAGGAAGGCAAGUGCUUCUGGAAGUGCGUCAAGGUGUGCCCUACUGUGAUUCCAGUCACUGUGUAA